AUGAACGUAACUACCAUAACUUAUACUGCUUAUUCUAAUGGAUCUGAAACAGAGGACGACAGUGGUGACGUAAUAGAAUGGGACGGCGUCAAAGUAUUUGCUAUAUGUUUUCUCUGUUGUGUGGACGUGGCCACUAUCAUAGGGAAUACGUUCACACUUCUGGCAUUUGGCACCGAUAGCAAACUCAGAAAUAAUCUAAGCAACUGGUACAUCAUAAAUCUAUCAAUUGCCGAUCUGCUAGUCGGUGCUGUAUCUUUGCCAUUCGAUAUAGCUGCCUACGCCUACGACUACUGGAUAUUCGGAAAACACACUUGUCGCUUUUGGUCCGUUGUAGAUAACAUUGCCACAGUUGAAUCAGUGUUUGCGGUUCUUCUCAUCAGUUUUGACCGAUUCUCAUUGGUUACCAUGGAAAUACGCCAUGUGACCAUGCAAACUCGAAAGAAAGUGUUUUACCAGUGUUUUUCCACGUGGGUUUUCACAGUCGUGUUAAUUUUUAUUCUGGUGGUUGCAUAUCCUGCGUGGACUGGAGAAGUGUGGUUUGACUACGGCGAGGUGUGUGAUGUGGAGUUUCUCUAUGACACUGCAUGGACCGUCUUCUUCGUUGUUAUCACGUUCGUCAUUCCUUUGAUAAUCCUUCUGUAUCUCAAUGUCACCAUUUAUCUAAAUAUCCACAAACGAACAACAUCACGCGUUCAGCCGGCCAGCGGAACUAGUCAACUGUACAACACAGCUGUGAAAACACAGGUUACUCUUGUGAACCUCAAUAACGGGCAAGCAUCGGACGCGUUAAGAGACAGUGGAAGACGCAUAAAUGUAUGUGAGCCCUCAGUUUCCGUCUACAACAAUGGAGAGGAGUUUUCUGAAAACGCAAAUAAUCAAGAAAAUGAUACAACUCAUAGGAGAGCAGCGCAUCGCAAAAAUAAAGGCGUAGACCACAAAUUACAGAAGCGAAAAAAAGCUGCACGAACAUUAGCUAUUCUUGUGGGAGUUUUCUUCCUAUGUUGGGCUCCACAUAACCUAGCUGUUGUUGUUGAUCAGCUUUGCAGCGAUUACUGUGUAACUGACUUCGCAUGGGUAUUCGUCAGUUACCUCCAAUGGGUGAAUUCUACAUUGAAUCCCAUACUCUACGCUGUGUGCCACCCAGGAUUCAGAGAGAAUUUUAAGAAGCUCUUCAUGUGCAAAUGUUCUAGCCGAUGA